AUAAUUAUCUUGAACUAUCAUAUAGUGCAUAGUUAAUGUUGAAUCAAAUACUUAACAGUUAUCGACGGGGCAGUAGAGAAAAUUAGAACGACUAAAGGCGAAAAGAAUCUUUAGCGCAUUUUGUGAAUUAGUAUAUGAUCAGGUCAUGGCGUAUGUUAAUGUCGCUGAAUGGAAAACUGAACAAGUGUGCGAAUGGUUGAAAGGUUUAGAUAAUUCUGUUCUUCCAUAUGUGCAUAGCUUUACAAAUCAUGGUGUCAAUGGAAAACAGUUAUUAAGUUUGAGACCUGAAGAUCUAGAACAUCUUGGAGUAUUGAAAUUUGGUCAUCAAGAAAUUAUUCUUGAAGCUGUAGAAUAUUUAAGAAAUUUUCAUUAUGAACUUGAUCGUGAAAAUCUUCAACUAUUGGCACUGCGAUUGUCUUGUCAAGCACAUAGUUUACAAAAUGAAUUAUUUCGCCAAACAGAUUCUAAACCUGUUACAACUCAAACAUUAUCAGAUGUAGCAUCAGUUAUAAUGGCUGUAAAACCAUUAAUAAGAUGGCUUGAUCGACCUCCCUUUAGUGGACAAUUGGAAUAUAAUGAAAAGAAAGUUGAAUUAAUGAAACUAGCUUUGGAAAUGGCCACAUGUGCGCAAAGAGAUAGAUUUGCAGAAAAACCAAUAGAAGAAAUUAGAACAACUUGUGGACAAUUAGCAAAAUUAGCAGAUUAUAUAAUACAAGAUAUUUCUGAUCCUAUGAUAUUACAACCUGCUAGUUUAGAUUUAGCAACAUUAAAAAAAAGACCAGGAGAUGAUUUAGGAUUUUAUAUUUUGCCAUCUUUUCAUGGAGCUCAUCAAAUUGCUGAAAUUAAAUUUGGAUCAGCUGCACAUCAGUGUGGUAAAAUGGAAGAAGGAGAUGAAAUUGUUCAAGUAAAUUAUCAGACUGUAGUUGGUUGGGAACGAAAAAAUCUUUUAGAAUUAUUUCGUGAAAGUCCUGCAGAAGUAUUAUUAACUUUGAAACGUAGACCAAGACACACAAAAGUAUAUGGUCAAAUUUACAUAAAACCAUAUCGACUUCCAAGCAAUAAAAAAACAUCUUAUACUACACGAUGGCAACAUAAUCUUCCUUCUCCAAGACCAGAAUUAUUAACUAUACCAGAUUUUACAAUGCCAUUACCAAGGCCGAAGAAUUCCAGACCAGAACCUACAAGUAUAUUAGAUACUGUUAAUAUUUUAGAUACAAUGAUCAUAGAUAGUAGUGAUUCAGAUAGUGAAACAGAACCACCUUUAUCUAUUCGAUUAUAUUCUACAAAACCAAGAAAUUCAGUUCAAAGACGAGCUACUAUAACUGGUGCUAGUCCUACUACUAAACAUGGAAUUGAUAUAGAACAAUUUUGGAAAGAAUUGAAGCAAGAACAUAAUACAAGUUCUCAAUUACGGGACAAAGCAGCAUCUUGUGCUCAUGGUUUAGAUAAUGUACCAUCAACUAUACGAUCACAAACAUGUAUAAAUAUAGAACAAAGCAAAAGAAAAAAGAAAAAUGAAGGACAAAAUGAUGAUAAAAAAAUACAAUUUCAAGAUAAAUCUAUGAAACAUGAUGUUUCUCAAAAAGAUAAUACCAUCAAUUUAAUUCAUGAAAAAAAAGAUACAUGUAAAAUUAUUCAAGAAGAAUUAUGUAGUAAUAUAAAUAUAUCCAGACAAAUUUCUCAAAUGCCUGUUAAUGUUACCAAUAACAAUAACUUGAGUGAUACAGAUGUGCCUUUAGAUGAAUGCAACAAUUUUAUUAGAGAUAAACAUAGUAAUAAUAAAAAUACAGUAAGCAGUAAAGAACUUAAUAUAAAUAGUGGUAAAGAGAGAGGAAAAUUAGAUAAAAGUUAUAGUACACCAGCAUAUGAUUCAAUGGAUAUUGACAAUAUAGAAGAUAGAAAGCAAAAAUUAUUUUAUGCAUUAGAGUUAUCUACAAAUAAUGUAAGCAAUGAAUUAAAUAAGACUGAUGUACAAUUGUCUUCUACAAAUUUUGAAGAUCAACAAAAAUUGGAAAAUAUUGAUGAUCAAAAACAAAGUAUUCAAAUAAAUUUUGAUAAUAAUAUUCAAAAAAAUAGUAAUAUUGAUAAAUAUAUUAUGCAAGAUAAUGAAGAAAAAGAAUGUUCUGAAAAAUCAUCUGAAUAUUCAAUUCCUAUAUAUAAAAUAAUUACAAAUCAUGAAAUCAGUAUAGAAAACCAAAGCAAUAAUGAACAUAUUAAUACUGAAGUAAAUAAAUACGAUAAAAAAAAUAUUACAAAAAAUUUGACUGUUGAAGCAGGAAAUAUGUCGGUAAUAUAUAACACUGAAAUUUUUGCAAAUAAUUCAAGUUUAAGUCAUAAAAGCGAAGAUAAAAUAGAAUCAAUAAAUAGUUUUAUAGAAAAUAAUAAUCAAAAUAGUAAUUCAAAUCUAAAUAAAUUUGGAAAUAUUCAUCAAAUGUUUAAUGGAUCAAACCAUUGUGCUUCAAUAGAACAUAUGAAAUUAAUGGAAAGAAAAUCUAAUACAUUACUAAAAGAAAAUAUUCAAGUUCGUGGACAAAUAUGUACAAAUAAUGACCUGAAUACCACAGAAGAUAAUACAAAAAUUUAUAAUAAUAUUACUCAAAACAUUCCUCAUAUUCAUUUUUGUCAAAAAAUACAAAAUGAUAAUAUAAAAGCUGAAAAUUUAAUUAUUCAAGAAAAUGCAAUACAAUCUUGUAUUGAAGUAAAAAGUGAAUGUAAUAAGAAAUUAGAAGCUAGAUCUCAUUUAAUACCUCCAGAUCCACCACCACGUAAAUAUUAUUCAAAAUUAGCAGGGGAUACAUCUAUAACUAACACUUCAAAAAUAUGUGAAAAUUAUGAAAAAUAUAUAUCAGAAAAUUUUAAUGCUAAAAAGGAUUUAAAAAGUGCAGAAUAUUUUAUGGAAAAUCAUAUCAAAAAUAAUUUAUUAGAUCAAGAUAGACAAAAUUAUUUUGAUGCUUGUAAUAAUUUUACAGAAAAAUUAGAAUUUAUUGAUGAUAUUUCAGAUAAUGAACUUAAAACUAAUUUAGAUUUUACAUAUUUAGAAUACAAUGAUAAGCAAGUAAAAGAAACUAAGUUUAUCUGUGAUAAGUAUGAACCUACUAUUGAGAAAUCUAUGUACACUAAUUCAACAAUGGAAUAUUAUAAUAAUACUGAGUGUUACUCCCAAAAUAUGGAUUCACCAGAUGGUUCAUGUUCUUCAAAGCAAUUUUUAGAUCAUAAAUCUAAAGUAUUUGAGAAAGAAAAAAGUUUUGAAAAAGGUGUAGUUAAUAAAGCUAUGAUGGUGGCCAGAAGUAUUGGAUUACAUGGAAGUUUAAGUAAAUCUUCAAGUAAUAGUCCAAGAAGUAAUAGAAAACGAAGCAUAUUAUUUGCAAGGAAAAGAAAUAUUUCUGUUAAAGAUAUAGGCACAGGUGAUUUAGAAGGAUGGUUAACAUAUCGUACAAGAGGUGCAGGUGGUGCUUGGGCAAAAGCUUGGUUUGUUUUAAAAUGUUCUUCAUUAUAUAGGUUUAAGGCACGAAAUAGUAUAAAAGCAGAUUGUCUCAUAGCUUUAACCGGAUUUACUGUAUCACGAGCUGCUGAAGUAAAAUCUAGAAAAUAUGCAUUUAAAGUUUAUCAUACAGGAACAGUAUUUUAUUUUGCUGCAGAUACUGAAGAUUUUCUCACCUUAUGGGUAGAUGCAAUUAAUAAAGCAACUUUAGGUGCAGAUGAUCAUAGUAGAAAUAGUGCUCUUUUCAGCGAAACAGAUGAAAGUGACUGUGAACAAAAAAGUAAAGUUAAAAAUGUUCAUACUACGGAAUAUAAACCGAAUUUCGAAAAACCAUUUGGAUCGUUAAAAAAAAUUGUUCGUAAAGAUUAUUCUGUGUAUAAGGAUCAUGAAAUUAAUGGUGCUAGUUUAGAUAGAAAAUACUUGAAAUUUCUUGGUACAAGAAAUCACAAUGUACCUGUUCCAACUGCGCAAUUUAGAAGUUAUAGAAGAGUUCUUCCUACAUCUAUGCCUAAUAAAAAACAAGAUUCUGUUCCAAAUUCGCCAGAUUUACAAAUGACAAUAGCAGGAAGUACAUUUUAUGGAUUAUAUGCAUCUCAUAGUACAAGUGAUAUAUCAAAUAAUAUUCAAGAUAUGAAUGAUUAUAGACGUACCACAGACAGGUGUCUCAAUAAUAAAAAUAGAAGACCAGAAGAUGUGCAAGGUAUCAUUACAUUAGAAGAAUUUAUGUUGCUACCACAAGAAGAUCAAAGACAAGUUGCUAGAACAAGAGUUACAUCACCACGAAUGACACCUUUAACUAAUGAUCAUGUUCAUAUUCAAUAUAGAAAUUUUCAUGACAAUGAGACAAUUAAUGAACAAAGUAAAAUUGUUGCUGAUGGAAAUUUCAAUAAUGAUGUUCAAAAUAAAAAUAACGAUGAAGUAAUGAUGAAUACUGUUUUGUAUGAUUAUUCACGAAAUGUGGACAAUAUUCACACAAUGCGACAAUUUAGCGGAGAUUUAGAUUCAAAAAAAAGCGAAUAUAAAGAAGAAUUAUCAAAAUCAGUUCAUAAAAAAUCAAAUGAACUUUGUUAUAUUGACAAAAAAAAAUUGUCAGAUGGAUUAAAUUUUCAGCAAAUGAAAUCAUGUAAUUCAAUUCAUUGUAAAACUAUUACAGAUGAACAACAAAUAACAUCUUUGAGUUAUAAUAAACCAGAUACUAUCGAUAAAUCUAAAAGACAAGUGAGCUUGACUUGCGAAUAUAAUACUAAUAUUUAUAUAAAUCAAGCACAAUCUUCAAGUAAUCAUGAUAUUUCUAGAUCGUAUGAUUAUUAUUUGCCAAAAAAUAUCAACAAUUUAUCAGAAGAUGUAAAAUCGACAUCAAGAUCACUUACCCAGAAUAAUGAUUCAUCUGAAUCUAAUAAUGAUUUUACGUUUCAUGCUUUUUAUCAAACUUUACAACGCGGAAAAAAAAAUGUGUCCGUUAGUCGCAAAGGAAGUUUCAAUCUAACAAUUCGACGUGAUCAUAUUUCUUCAGAUAAACAUUGGUUAGACUCUAUACGACGAGUUGAUAAAAAGAACAUUAAUUAUGACAAAAUCCGUUUAAAAAAUGUAGCUCAGUAUCAACCUCCUCCUAUACCAACUUCUCCGUUCGAACAAGAAGGAAUGACUGCUGCAUUUGAAAUGCACCUAGAUAAAAAUGAACAAGUUCAAAAAACAAAUCGUUUGAAAAAUUUAUUUAGUAAUAAAUAUCAACAAAAAUCAUCUACACUUGAUUUACCUAAGGAAACACAAAAAACCUUAUUAGGAUCACCAAAAUUACAUAGAGCUUUAUUUAGAGAAAAAUGUUAUAAUCAAUCAAGUCGAUCAACAAAUCAUUCAAAUAAUCAGAAUCCUAAUGAUAGUGGACUCAACCAGUUAAUUAAUCCUUUCAAUGGAAAUAAUUCUCAUACUCUCAGUCAAAGUUUUAAUUCAGUUACUUCAGUUAAUGAUUGGAAUUCAGACACAUCUUCAUUAUGUACUGCAAAUUUAAUAUCAAAAGAUAAUGCAACUCAAUCUUUUCAAAAAGAAUAUAUAGGUAGAAACUCAAUAAUACCACCGACGUUACCUUAUAUACCACCACCUACGUCACCACCGCCUGAUUAUCCUGGUCUUGAAUAUCCGCCAGUGUUUGAACCUGGUACCUAUUCUCUUUUAGAUGCAUCAUUAUUACGUAAUCGUAAUAAAAGCAAUCGAAACAUUCAUUAACCAAUGAUACAAUUUAGCUCAUUACUCUAUAUAUUAAUAACCAAAGAUAAUAUUUCCUUUAUCAUUUAUAUCUAACCAGAUAUUUUAUAAAUAUUUUAUAUAAAACAUUUAAAAUAUAUUAAUAUUUUUUCAAGUA